AUGGUGCUGGAGUUGCGAGAAAGGUUCUGCAGCCUCAACGCUGACCUCCGGUCGUUGCUGCCUCUGUCUGGUGACCCUACGAUGUGGCGGCCAAUGGUCGGCCCAUCGAGGCGUGUGGCACCAGCCGGGAGACUGCGGCAGCUGCGAAAAGCUCAAAUGGCGCUCUCGCACGCCGCCGAGUUCCUACAGAGCUACUUCGGCCUGCCGAUGGCUUUCAACGUCGCGUAUUGCCUGUGCAGCGCCUUGUGCAGCGCCUACGAAAUCCUCAUGCAGCUCGUCAGGCCGCACUGGAUCGUCGAGUUCUCGUACAGCGAAUCGUCAGCCGUCUCGGGGCUCUGGGCGGCCUACCACUCGCUGAACAUCCUGUUGGUGUGUCUGAGCUGCUCUGCCACCGCAGACGAGGCGGCUGCCUGCGGCUUGUUUCUCUUGAGGGCCUCAGUGAUGUCCGACCGCCGAUGCGCCGAACUGGAGGCCUUCUUGCGGCUCACUCUCCACAGUCCACCACUCCGGUUCACCGCUGCCGGAUUCGUCACUCUUGACCGCCGACUCUUGGUUUCUGCGCUCGCUGCGAUAGUGACGUACCUCGUCAUAUUGGGACAGCUCUCCUCCAAGUAG